AUGACUUCCAGUAAGUCCCUUCGAGCCACUCUUCUACCCUCUCUUUCCUUCCGAUCCCAUUCGCAAAAUGGCCCCGAAUUGAAACCGAAAUCCGAUUCCGACUCGUCUGUUCGAAAGGCCCUUCGCGACAAUGGCCAGCCCCCGGCCGACGGGCCGCAAAAGAUCUUGGAGCCCAUCGUCGAGGGGAGCUCCGAUCCGGAACCGCCUUCAACCAGACCACGGGCCAAAUCGAAGGCUAAACCUUGGAGCACUCGAAUCUCAUCCUUGAUUCCGUCGCUUACAAUCCAAACCACAGACCCCCGUCCCAUGUCUAUUCAGAGGAAGCCCAUCACCGGCAUGGCGCCUCCAUCACAACCACCGCCACCACCACCACCAGCAGCGCCCCCUGUUGCUUCGCUCGAUCCUCCUGCUGAUUCCAUCCAUUAUUCUCCUGCUGAUUCUUUCGACGCUCCUCCUGCGCCUUUCGAUCCUCCUCCUCCACCCCCCUCGGGGCCUCCACCACCACCUCCUCCGCAGCCGCCAUUGUACUCGGUGGCCGAGUCAACAAGCUCCUCUAGUUUGACUGGCGAUAGUCCAACUCUUUUUGAAUCAGACCACCAGCACUCUGAUACAUCGUCUUUUCCACCUCCGCAACAUAGUCCUCCGACACCUCCAAAGACUGAGGUCUAUUAUCCUGCUUCAGAAACACCGGCCGUUGCAUCUCAGAUUUCGCUUCUCGUAAUGCCGCAGUCUGACGUUAUUAGUCCGUUGGAUGAAGCCGACGUCACUCCGCAGAUCAUGGACCCCACGCCACCUUCGCCCUCUGUUUAUUCCGCGACAAACACAAAUACCCCCGUCGUUGACCGCGAUAUACCGGUCCCAGCACUCCCUAUUAUUGAUUUUGACUCCGAAAUUGACGCUCAACUCCGCGUCAACCCCGUCAUCAUGGACCCUACUCCACCGUCGCCCAGGCCGGAGAGGUCAUCUUUCGGAGUCAUUGACGAAAAUGUUGGAUUGAGCCGCAAUUCGGCCAAGAACAGCGAGGACUCCUUUAGACAGGACCUGCCGCCGAAUGGGAAUGGAAAUGUUGAAAUCAAUGUGAGCAGGCAACGGAGCAUCUCCUUUUCAGAGCGGAAAGACUCUCUCCCUCCUAUGCAAGGUCUGAGGACUCGACAGACGGCACCUCUGCCUGAACCCAGGGGACGAAGCGUCUCUGCACGAGUCAACUCGACACUCAUAGAUGGGUCAAGACUUUCUACGUCCACAAACUUACGGCCCGUGUCUGGCGUCAGCCAGAGCCCGACGAGGAGAAAGCUGCGGCGAAGUUGGAUGCCUGGUAGAUCCCGCUCCAACUCCAUGGACGCCAACCAUGGCCAUAAUUUGGCUGCCUGGGUCAUAUCUGAAGAUAACAAAACGGAAUACAACCCAACUUUCCUGAAAACUGGAGAAAAGGUUCCUGAGCUGUGGAAUGAGAACGGUGAAGUUCUUGUCUAUUUGUACCCGAAAUCUACCGGGCGCGGACCGUCCUUCAAAGUUCCAGAGUUUACCGUGAGCUCUUCCUUUGUUUUCAAUGAACUCAUUCGAACAGAGCUGGAGUCUCCCACAGCCGCUAGAGCCCGAGCCAGAAACUCCAUAGGAAGAGAUAGUCUCAGCACUGAUGAUGCUUCGCGAGUCUCAUCUCCAACGAUUCCGAUGGAUAGCUACUCGGACUACUUGCACCUCUAUCUGCCCCCUCCACCAUCAAACGCCUCAUCAAGUUCGUUGACAGUGCCCGCCGCGGAUAACUCAAAGACAGAAUUGGAACGUUUGAUUGCAAUUCGAAACCUAUUCGCCUUCCUCACAGGCCAACCCCUCGUGGGAACUCCGGAACGGCCAAGGACCUUUCAUGCAUUCCUCCAGAUUUCAGAUCUCUUGCAGGAGUUUGCUUUCUCAGGCGCUGAUGGCUAUACUUUUGGCAAUGCCGUCGACCUGAGUUUCGGCUUCUACUCGGAGUCACUAGGUCUUGGAGACUGUCGUCAUAGCCGAGAGCAGACAAUUGAGGCCCUUAUUCUGGGUGAACGCAUGCGGUCUGUUGAGCUCUAUAACGAGGCAUUUGCACAUGCAGCAGGAAAAUAUUCAGCCAUCAUGGACCUCCGCCUGCCUUUGUUCCAACAAGUUUCCCCCAUCACCCGCCAACGGCUCGAAAGAGCUCAUUUGGAUCUUGUGAACCGCCAACACAGCGUGAAUGAACAACUUGAGCAGUUUGAAUUUCCGUCUCUCUUUGCAGGCAUCGCAAAUUCGUCAUCUAUACCUGAACUUAAGCAGGUUCGCUUUAAGAUUUGGCGGAACUCCUUUAGUCGGAUGAGGCAGUUUGUCUUGAAUUACUACAAGACUGCAUUUGGUAGCUGGCCCCCUAAAGCCAGCAGCAAGAAGAAUCCGUUUGCAGAGAGCGGCCUGAACCGAAUAGUGCUGAAAACUUUGUAUUCGGACCAUUGUGCCCUCUAUGAUUUGCUCGUGGAUCGGAACAGCCUAACGUCAAGAGUUAUUGAUGAGGUGCCGACAGUCUCCAAUGAAGCCGACGAGAUGAUGACAUCGGCUCUUCGCAACAUUGAAUCUGAAUUUGAUCGUUCCAGGCCUCCAGUGCUACCUCCUAUUCCUUUUGAUCUCCCUCUGAUCCCAUCAAUGGUGGCGAUUCUUGAGACCUACAACACUCUUUCCCCCAAAGAGCAAGCAAAGUUCGACAAGAAAGUGAAGGAGCCUGAAAUGCUUCUGGUAUUGAACAACGCCUACAACUACGACACUGCUAGCCUCCGACUUCCAUUCCUUGAUGCUUUUAAGGAAUUUGAGGCUCGAGAGUCCAAGGGAAAGACCGCCCAAGAUCUCGCCGACCAGCGCAUUGGCUAUUUCCUCUUCCUCUAUGUUGUUCUUCAGUCGCUUCCCACGUUGGUCGUGGAUGCUCCCGACCUCAAGUAUGCCGAGGGAGUAGAGUAUUUCCUGUGCCAGCCGCCAAUCGGCAACCCCCCUUGGGUUGAUGACAAGCAGGUCCGAAAAAUGUGGUAUGAGGUUGCUGGAGGAGGCGGCUAUGUCGAACUAUCUGCGGAUGCCGUCAUGUUUAGCGUGGAAGCGAUAUAUCACCGAAGUCACUGUUGGCUGGCUGCAAAGAUUUGGGAGGAAAUGGGCAAUUCGGCCACACCGCCGUUGGAGGAGCCAGCAUUGGAACCUCUCGAGCCCCCUCGCCCGAUCUUCCAGGAAAGCGAAGGCGCCCUUGGCAACGGAACGGGCCCCCUCUCUGGCCAAAGCACCCCAUCGCCGCCUCCUGGAUCGCCGCAGCUACGCCCUCGACCGCGAAAUCUCUCGCCGGGCGGUCGCCGCACUAACAACGCCUACCGCUCUAGCAUCAUUAUGGGUCUGGAACCAGUACCUCUGGAGCCGCCCAAUGUCUUCGGUGCUCACCAGCGAAGCAGCUCCCUUGGCCCACGGCCUCCCAGCAGCCGCAUUUCUAACCGGAGCUCGUCUGUUGGCAAUCUUGUGGGUUUGAACACCCCUCGAGUUUCGAGACCGCCCUCUCCCGCUCGAGUUGCCGCAACAGCUGGAACCACUUUUGAUGAUAUCUUGGGAGAAUCACAAAAGAAGAAACCUGCUACCAAGAAGAAGGGCAGAUUCUUCUAG